CGAAGACCUAAAUUCCUUGGGAAAAGAAAGAAAAAACUCGCAUCGCCGCCGCCUAGAUCGCCGGGCGCCUCCAUGUCGACUCCGGGCGCCGCCUACUACGCUUCCCUCGCGCGCAAGCAGUUCUUCUGCUACCAAUGCAACCGCACCGUCCUCAUCGCCGCCUCCGCGGCCGCCGCCGGUGAGCUCUCUUGUCCCGAGUGCCGCGGCGACUUCCUGGAGGAGGUCACCGUCCCCGCCCCCACCAUCAUCCCCUUCCCCUUCACCUUCCCCGCCUCUUCCCCAUCCCGAUCUUCUUCCUCCUCCACCACCGCCGCGCCCCCCUCCAGCGACCUCUCCAACUUCCUCACCAGCUUCCUCGACCUCCAGGAUGGCCGCCGCUCCAGGUCCAGGAGCGGGAGCGGUGCUGCCUCCGCCGCCGGCACGGCCACUCCUGAGAACGAGCCUGACUCCUUUGACCCGCUCACCUUCUUCCAGAACUACAUCCAGGGCCUCGUAGAGGGCGGCGCUAACAUCCAGGUCCUCCUCGACGACGCCAGCGUCAACCUCUCCCCGGGCCUAGGCGGCCGUGCCGGUGGCGCAAGCUUCGGGGACUACUUCGUCGGCCCAGGUCUGGAGCAACUCAUCGAGCAGCUAGCUGAGAACGACCCCAACCGCUACGGCACGCCGCCUGCUGCCAAAUCGGCCCUGUCCACGCUUCCUGACGUUGUCGUGACCGAUGCCAUGGUCGCGGCGGCGGAGGGUGCUGAGUGCGCUGUGUGCAAGGAGGAUUUCUCACCUGGGGAUGGGGCCAAGCAGAUGCCCUGCAAGCACAUAUACCAUGCCGACUGCAUUGUCCCCUGGUUGGAGCUCCACAAUUCCUGCCCCAUUUGUCGCUUCGAGCUGCCAACUGAUGAUCCUGAUUAUGAGGGCAAUAAGGCCCCAAGCCCACAGCCGGCUGUUGGUAUCGCUGCCGUAGUUCCAUCUGGGAGGAGCUCUAGUACCGCUGACGAAGGAAGGGAUGAGACUGCAAGGGUGGUGGAAAGGAGGUUUAAUGUGUCACUGCCGUGGCCGUUUGGUGGAUUGGGAGGCCAAACACCACAGCAAGAUGGGGGUGCUGGCAGUAGCUCACAGGACAGCGGCUCGCAGGAUGGAGGCAGCAACAAGAAUUGAACACAAACAUGUCAUCCUUGGAGGUUCCCUUGGCGAUGCACCCAAAUGCCUAGAAUGUUCAUGAGCCACCGUGAGUUAUACUACAGACAAUCGAAAGACAAAGGAAUUUACAGCCUGUUUAUUUGGUGGAACAAUGUUGGUUUUAGUUGUUGUUGUCGCUGUCUCUGUCCAUUAGGCCGUGUACACAAGGCACAGAAACUGCCGUGGCAGGAAGUGUGCGUUGCCGAUACUCUUUGUGCAGAUUUGUUGAUCAAUGUUGUUUCGUCAUGAACCCA